AUGUCCGUGUUCCAGCCUCUGAUCGAUGCCUUCUGGUCACCGGACAUCUGGCUGCCGCCGAACACUCAGUGGUCCGACCUGGAACCCAACGAAUGGGUCCAGUACACCGACCACAGGCACCUGAUCUACCCGUUGCCCAUGGCCGUUGUCGUGUUGCUCAUAAGAUAUUUGCUCGAAAAAUAUUGUUUUUCGCCGUUUGGCCUGUCGCUGGGCAUCAAGAGCACCAAACCAAAAAAGGCCCCGAACAAUGACUUGCUAGAGAAAACGUUUGCGCGGAACAGCAAGUGGAAUCAUAAGGAGGUAGUGGGCCUGGCCAAGAGGCUUGAUUGGACCGAGCGACAAGUAGAACGAUGGAUGAGGCUGAGGCGAGCACAGGACAAGCCUUCGACUCUCAUCAAAUUCUGUGAGAGCAGUUGGCGAUGUUUCUAUUACACAUUUUCAUUCCACUAUGGUCUUGUGUUCUUAUGGAACAAACCAUGGUUAUUGAAUAUAGAUUAUUGUUGGAUUGGAUAUCCACACCAGGGUGUCACAAGAGACACAUGGUGGUACUAUAUGAUGUCAUUAUCAUUUUAUUGGUCAUUAGCUGUUUCUCAAUUUUUUGAUGUCAAACGAAAAGAUUUUUGGCAAAUGUUUGUCCAUCACAUAUGUACUAUAUGCUUGUUAUCUUUUUCAUGGAUAUGUAAUUUCCAUAGAAUCGGGACUCUUGUGCUUUUAACACAUGAUUGUGGCGAUAUUUUCCUUGAGCUUGCGAAAAUGGCCCAAUAUGCCAAAUAUCAAAAAUUAUGCGACUUCAUUUCAGUAGUAUUCAUUUUUGUCUGGCUAUUAACCAGAAUUGGUUUAUUCCCUUUUUGGAUUUUGUACAGUACGUCAGUCAAUACGUCCCAAGUGGUAAACCAAAUGUCCCCAGCUUAUUACAUAUUCAAUGGACUACUGUUUCUUUUACUUGGUCUCCAUCUUUAUUGGACACACUUAAUUUUGAGAAUUGCAUAUCUUUCGUGGAAUGCUGGAAAAAUGGAUGGAGACAUUCGUAGUUCUUCUAGUGACGAAAUUACAGUAGAUGAUGACUCAAAUUGAUAAUAGAUGAUAUCA